AUGGCGCCGUUAUCGAUGUAUUGUCUUCGGCUAUGUAACAGCAGCGAGCGAAGUCGUACACAUCUUGGCGAAGCGCAGUCGAUUGCAUUUCUGCGAGGAGGUGGCUAUGAACAAGCAGGUUCGAGCGAUGCAUCGACUAAGAGAAAGGUCGCUGUGGUAUGUUUAAGUGAUGAUGCUGCGGCGCUGAUAAAGCGUUCUGUUCCGACAGUGCCUCAGCGGAAACGAGUGGGUUUCAUUACUACUGCAGCAGCAGCAGCUGCUGCUGCUGAUAUCAUGAGACUCAAAGGAGUUUCGAGAGAAUGGGAUUGGGAUUUGGCAGUGGCAUUGAAAAAUUUCGAGCUGGAAGGCGCACGAGAGGAGAUGGAGUCGAUGACUCCAUCGACAUCGCAUGAUAAAGUGUCAGGGCUCGGUGAGUGUGCCUCACGAAAGCUGCCAACGCCUGGGUAUGCGUUCUGUCUGCCGGAUCUGGAGAGGUUGGCGCCCGACUUUCGGAAUUUCCUCGAAAAGGACCUCAUCGAAACGCCAACACAGAAAAGAUUAGAGGCGUCGAAACACCUUAACUGGUGGCAUCAGUAUGGUCAGAAGCUUUAUCCUCUUUCAACUACUGGUGAUGGUAACUGCCUCCUACAUGCGGCGUCAUUAGGUAUGUGGGGUUUGCAUGAUCGUCAACUGACACUUCGGGAAGCCCUCUACGAAAUGCUAAAACGCGGUUCGAGGCGCAGUGCACUGUGGCGUCGUUGGAAAUGGGCAGAACACCAUGCAAAUCAGGUACUUCUGAGUUGCGGCUAUGUGACCUACUUAAUGUAG